CAUUUUCAAGUAACGCACCCUGAUUUGAUAUCCAGUAAAGUGUUGAGCACAUACUGAGGGUGCAACUUGUAACUACUCCUCAACAUUACAAAACACUAUUCCAAGAUUCCUGUCAACACACGUCAUUCUUUUAUUCAGGGCCACCCAUUUCACCGCGCGCAAUGUCCACUGAUGAAGAUACGAAUUAUUAUGAUGCCGCUGCGAAUGAGAUUGAGUGGGAGACGGAAGCAGAUCGCAGGCGACGAUACUAUUCUCGACAAAAUGCAUUCUAUGUUGAAUAUUAUGAUCCGCUAAACUAUGUCAAAGAACUCCGUGUGGAGGAACCGACACCAGUUUCACAUAUCCCGAAUCGCCGCGUUCACAGACGACCAAGAUAUCGCCUAUGCUAUCCUCUUUAUCUCAUUGCGUGUUGGAAAAAGUGGAUAGCAGUGAUGAUGAUAAUAGGUGUGCGUUUCAUAUCAAAAUGUCUACAACUUGAAAAAAGAGCCAAAGAUUCGAUAGACAAAUCUCAGACCGGUUACAUAUGGUUUGUGACCAUUUGCCCAGAAUGUUUGGCCGAUGGCCGGGAUUGGAUAUCAUGGCUCGCGCUGAUUUUCCGUAAAGUUACACACUGGGCAAUACCUAUCAUGAUUGCUCUGUUUUGUAUACUUAUUCUGGUAAGAUAUCCCCAGCGCCAUCAUUCGUAUGUCCGAUCUUAAAAGCGAUAAAAAACAACUUGAUGACAAUAAAACGGAAAUUGUGUCUAAC